AAACUAAGCGGCUGUUUCGGUAAUUUUGCAGAAAGCGAAGGGCUUUUCCCGCUCAUUCGCAAAAACCCCAAAUCCGACUGCCCCUUCUCUCCAAGCUUCCUGACAGUACCGGAGUUUUUCACCAAUCCGACAUGGUCGACCGUGAACGCGAUCGGGACAGGGGUCGCGACAGAGAUAAAGAUCGAGACCGUGAUAGAUACAAGGAUAGGGAGCGAGACCGUGACCACCGUGAACGUGACCGGGACCGGGACCGGGAACGGGAGCGGCGUAGGGAUCGAGACGACCGUGACCGAGAACGGGAGCGUGGUCGGAGUAAAAGGUCACACACUCCCGACCGCCUCAGAUCCCGCCACACUCGUUCUCGCACCCGCUCGCCGGACCAGCACCGUACGCGUUCUCUUUCUCGUUCCCCUGAGGACCGAUCUCUUCGCCGCCGCCAUCGCUCGCCGUCCCCGGAACACGCUCGGAAACGGCAUCGCCGGGAUUUGACUGUGGAUGAUGAUAAGGAGAGGCAGAAAGUAGUGUCGGACUUCGUUGAUGGCAUUGCGAAAGAGCAGCACAAGCAGAAGAAAAACAAAGAUAGGGUUGGUGGGGAAGAAGUAGUGGAGGAGGCUGUGGCUGAUGAGGAUGAAAUUGAGAUGAUGAAGAAAUUAGGUAUUCCGGUGGGUUUUGAUUCGACGAAGGGCAAGCCCGUCCCUGGUGCUGAUGUAAGUGGCGUUAGGGCAGUGACCAAGCGGCAGCCUAGGCAAUACAUGAAUCGUCGUGGUGGGUUCAACCGACCGUUGCCGGCCGAGAGGACCCGGUAGAUAAUUAAUUUGGCUUGGUCGCCGAGUUGUGAAGCACAGACCACUGCCUUCUGCAUUGAAGUUUAAGCGGCAACGGGGGCGUUUCCAGGUUCUUUGUUAUGGUCACUGGAACGAGAGUGAUUCUGCAUGUGGCCUUCUCUCUGAAUUUCGGUUUUUAUGUUCAGAUAAAUUUGUUCAGUUAAUUGUGUGCUUCUUCGUUGCUCCUCUUCCUGGUCUCAUACAAUCGAGAGGACAGCCGUUUCUUUGUCAAUUUUAUCUGUUUCAGAGGAUUGUUAGACACACGUUACCAGUAGUUAUUUGACUGUGGCAAUAUGAACUUUUCACUCAUUUCAAAGUAUAUACAAACUGUUCAUUUUUCUUGUA